AUGACCUUCGAGGAUUUCUGUGGUGGUCCCUUCUGGGACGAAGACUUCGUGUGGGAUGUAGACAAUCCGAAUUUCACGUUCUGCUUCCAACGUGUCAUCCUACAAUGGGUGCCCUGUUUGAUGUUGUUCGUAUUCUCGAUCUACGACAUCUUUAAAAUCACCGAAAGUCGCUAUCGAGACAUCCCAUGGAACUGGUACAACUUGUCGAAGAUUCUCGUGAUUUUUCUGCUCAUGUGCAUGUCCUGGAUCGAUCUGGGAAUGGUGGUGGGCUAUCAGGACGAGCAGGGACUGUAUGAUGUACAGAUCUUGACCGCGGUGUUCAACGCGUUGGCUUAUAUCGACUUGAUCGUGCUGUUGUUCUUCAUGCGAAAGUACGGCAUUCGCACGUCGGGCACCAUGUUCAUGUUCUGGUUCCUGCGAAUGUUCUUCGGUAUUAUUCAGCUCCGCACGGAGGUGAUGGAGAACGACAAGCGACCGAAUCCGAUCGGAUCCGGCGACACAGUUGACUUCUGGGAGUACCAAUACGUCAGUUACAUCAUCCAGUACGCCUUCAUCUGUCUGAUGCUGGUGCUGGAACUCUUCCCUGAUAAGGCGCCCACGUUCAGCUACUACCCCGAAUCAAAGAAACCCAACCCCGAGCUAAAUUCUAGCUUUUUCUCCAAGCUACUCUUCUUGUACUUCGACUCUUACGCCUGGAAAGGCUUUCGCAAGCCGCUCACCAUGGACGACAUGUAUGACAUCAACCCGCAAGACGCAGCUAAAGAAUUGGUACCACCUUUCGAUAAAUUCUGGAAUAAGAGUGUCGUCUCGGGACGCCAAAAACAAAUAGCUGCCGAUAAAAAAGCAGGAAAAACAAACAUCGAGUAUAAGCCGCACUCCGAAACGAACGGAUCAUCGUUGUAUGCAAUGGUUCGAGCGUAUGGUGCGCCAUUUUGGUUCGCUGGAAUGCUACAAUUGGCGAUAUCCGGGCUUCAAUUCGCCUCUCCUUAUCUUAUGCAAGAAAUGAUGGCUGUUAUAGCCCUGGAUGGUCCGGUGUGGAAGGGUUUGUUGUUGACGUUUGCUCUAUUCCUGGCAUCACUGUUGUUGGCCUUAUUGAACGGACAGUACUACUAUAACACGUUCCUGAGUGGAUUCCGCAUUCGUACCGGUCUGGUGAGCGCAAUCUAUCGAAAAGCGCUUCGAAUUUCUAGCGCAGCCAAAAAGGACACAACUGUCGGUGAAAUUGUCAAUCUGAUGGCUGUGGAUGCUCAACGAUUCUUUGAGCUUACAUCAUAUAUGCAUAUCCUAUGGUCAGGCGUGUUGAUUAUUGCUCUCUGCGUGUAUCUACUCUACGACAUCCUUGGAGCAGCCGUGUUUGCUGGUUUAGGAGUGAUGAUUUUGAUCACUCCAGUAUCUGGUGUUAUUGCGACAAAGAUGCGUGAUGCUCAAGUUGCUCAAAUGAAGAUCAAGGAUGAUCGCGUGAAGAAAAUGAACGAGAUUCUCGGAGGUAUCAAAGUGCUAAAGCUUUACGCUUGGGAGCCAAGCUUCCAGGAUAACAUUCUGACAGUUCGAAAAGAAGAGAUCAGUAUUCUGAAAGCCAUGGCCUACUAUGGUGCUGGAAUCUAUUUCACAUUUACCAUCGCUCCGUUCCUUGUCACGCUCGUGUCGUUUGCCGUGUACGUGCUGGUAGAUGAAGAAAAUAUUCUCGACCCUCAAACGGCCUUUGUAUCGCUGGCAUUGUUCAAUAUUUUACGUUUCCCUCUGGGAAUGCUACCUAUGAUGGUGACGUUCUCAAUGCAAGCUUGGGUAUCCGUGAAACGUAUCGACAAGUUUCUCAACAGUGCCGAGCUCGAUCCCAGUAAUGUGACAAACAACAAAAGUGAUGAUGCACUCACCAUCAAAGAUGGCACGUUUUCUUGGGGUGAUGAAACGCCCACGCUGAAGAACAUUAACCUGUCCUUGCGUAAAGGACAACUAUCUGCGAUCGUUGGUACCGUCGGCACGGGAAAGAGCUCUCUUAUUUCGGCCUUAUUGGGUGAAAUGGAGAAGGUCAAUGGCCUUGUCAAUACGGACGGUACAAUCGCGUAUGUUCCUCAGCAGGCAUGGAUUCAGAAUGCCACGCUCCGAGACAAUAUCCUCUUCGGUAAGCCGUUCGACCAGAAGAAGUACGACAACGUGAUCGAGUGUUGUGCCCUCAAGCCCGACUUAGAGAUGCUUCCCGGUGGUGAUACAACGGAAAUAGGAGAGAAGGGCAUCAAUCUUUCCGGAGGACAGAAGCAACGUGUCGCCCUAGCCCGUGCUGUGUACGCUGAUGCUGAGAUUUAUCUAUUUGACGAUCCGCUAAGCGCUGUAGACGCCCACGUCGGCAAGCACAUUUUUGAGAAGGUGAUCGGACCAACGGGAAUGCUGGUUGGAAAAUCUCGUCUGUUGGUGACGCACGGUAUAUCCUUCCUACCAUUCGUGGAAAACAUUUUCGUCAUCAAGGACGGAGAGAUAUCAGAAAGUGGAUCUUAUCAACAACUUCUGGACCAGAAAGGAGCAUUUGCGGAAUUCCUGACUCAACACAUUCAAGAACUGGAUGAAGACGAUGAGGAAGAACUUAUACAAACGUUUAACCUUACUGUCUCCUCACCAGAAAUGAAACUAAUUCAGGAAUCGCUGAAGGAUGAGAAGUCUCAAAGGAUCGUCGAACGCACUAUGUCAGUUAGAUCAAGCCGGUCGAAUGGUAGCAACGGCAGCCAGCGCAAGAAACGGAUCAGCCGCCAGGAAUCUCGAGCAAGCGCGAAAAAAGAGGAUCCUAUCAUACAGAGCCUGGACAAAGCGACUCUGAUCGAAAAGGAAGAAUCGGCUACCGGAGCCGUUACGUGGGCAGUCUACAAGAAGUACGUCACAGCUAUCGGAUUUCAGUUUGGAUUUUGGUCUGUUGUGUUCAGUGCGAUCAACCAAGGCAGCGGUAUCUACUCCAGCAUGUGGCUCACCGAUUGGUCCGAGGAUCCGGAAGCGAUCACUGAUACUUCGGUACGAGAUAUGUACCUCGGGGUGUACGGUGCGCUAGGAGGUGUGCAAUCUAUCGCGUUAUUCAUCGGAUCUGUUCUGUUGGCGCUGGGUUGCCUCAAAGCGGCCGAGGAAUCGCAUAAUAAGUUACUGGAGAGUUCCAUGCACAUGCCAAUGUCCUUUUUCGACACGACUCCCCUCGGACGUAUUAUCAAUCGAUUCUCGAAAGAUGUGGACGUAGUGGACAACAUUCUUCCGGCUACCAUUCGUGCAUGGUUAUUGAUGCUGUUCAGCGUAAUCGGAGUGUUCGUUGUGAUCGGAAUAUCGACUCCGAUUUUCCUCGCUGUGAUUCCACCAUUAAUGAUUAUCUACUACUUUGUUCAACGUUUCUACAUUGAGACUUCGCGUCAGUUGAAACGCUUGGAAUCCGUCACUCGCAGUCCGAUCUAUUCACACUUUGGAGAGAGUAUUGGUGGACAAUCAACAAUUCGAGCAUACGGGCAACAGGAACGAUUUAUCACUGAGUCAGAAUAUCGUGUGGAUUAUAACCAGCUCGUGACCUACCCAACGAUUCUGGCUAACCGUUGGUUGGGCGUUCGACUAGAAAUGAUUGGCAGCUUAGUGAUCUUGUUCGCGGCUCUAUUUGCAAUCCUAGCUCGUGACGAUAUUGGACAAGCAACGGUUGGACUGUCCAUCAGCUAUGCCCUGCAGAUAUCAAAUGUGUUAAGUUUCCUCGUGAGAAUGACUGCGGAAGUAGAGACAAACAUCGUCGCCAUCGAACGAUUGGAAGAAUACACCGUGCUUCCACGAGAGGCCGACUGGCAGAAGGGAACAGUCGAUAAGGCAUGGCCAGCAGAAGGAAAGGUCGAGUUCAAGGAUUACCAAAUCCGAUACCGUGAUGGCUUGGAUCUCGUCAUUCGAGGCAUUUCGCUUAGCGUCCGAGGAGGAGAAAAGAUUGGUAUCGUGGGACGUACCGGUGCCGGAAAGUCUAGUCUUACCAUUGGCCUCUUCAGAAUCGUUGAGGCAGCAGGCGGUCAAAUCAUCAUUGAUGGGCUGGAUGUCUCGAAAAUGGGUCUUCACCAGCUGCGUAGUCGGUUAACCAUCAUCCCUCAAGAUCCAGUCCUCUUCUCGGGUACUCUCCGAGCCAAUGUGGAUCCGUUCAAGAGCUACAGUGACGAUCAGGUGUGGAAAGCUCUGGAGCUGUCACAUUUGAAGACAUUUGUGAAAGGGCUGACUGCAGGACUGGAGCACGAAAUUGCCGAAAACGGCGAGAACCUCUCUGUGGGACAGCGACAGCUCGUCUGCUUAGCGAGAGCAAUUCUUCGAAAGACCAAGGUGUUGAUUCUGGAUGAGGCAACGGCGGCGGUGGAUCUGGAAACGGAUGAUUUGAUUCAGAAAACAAUCCGUACGGAGUUCGCCGACUGCACGAUCCUCACGAUCGCCCAUCGAUUGAACACCAUCCUCGAUUCCGAUCGUGUGCUUGUGCUCGACAAAGGUCUGGUAGCUGAGUGCGAUUCACCGCAGAACCUGUUGGCUAACCGGGAUUCCAUAUUCUUCGGCAUGGCGAAGAAUGCAGGAAUUGUUAGUUAACAACUGACACGUGCGUUAGUAUGAUGUGUUCAGAUAUUGUUAGUACUAUUAUUUUAACUCGUAAAGUUAAGCAAUGCUCGUAAGAUCCUAGUCAAUAAAUUCGUGCCAAUCGUCUUGCUACGAUAUUG